UGCCCUUGUCUUCUUUCAUUCGUUCAUCUAUCCUCACUUCAGCGACGAGUCAACAUCCACCUCUCACUCGCAACAACAGCUUGGCAUAUUCAGACAUCACAUCACCAUGCGUCUCAACGCAGCUACCCUCUCUCUCCUCUCCAGCAUUGGGAUCGUGCUGGCCACGCCCAUUGCCACCGAAUCGGAUGCUCAUCUCGCACCCUUAUCUCACGCUGGGGAUCACAUUGAUGAUUCUUACAUUGUAGUGUUCAAGAAGGGGAUUGACAAAAGUCAGAUCGCCCUCCAUCUCACUGCUAUUGAAGGAUUCCAUCUCGCAGACCCCAUCUUCACUUUCGCAUCGGAUGGAUCGCUGGUCGACGAAGGCGGCAUCAAGCAUGUCUACGGUACCGAUGAAGCUGCCUUCGACUACUUUGGCUAUGCCGGUACAUUCAGUAACAACACCCUGUACUCUAUCCGAUCCGCACCAGAGGUAGCCUAUGUCGAGAGAGACCAGGUCAUGCACACCCUCGAGAUGCCUCACGGGGUGGAUGAACCAUUCGCCAAGGGAUCUCCCUCUUCCCCUGACGGCAUCGUCACCGCUUUAUCGGCUCCUUGGGGUCUCGCUCGAAUCUCUCAUCGAGCUCGAUUGCAUCUAUCGACUUUCACAAAGUACGCUUAUGAUCCCGCUGGUGGAGAAGGCGUCACGGCGUACGUCAUUGAUACAGGUAUCAAUGUCGACCAUGUCGAAUUCGAAGGUCGAGCUCGAUGGGGAAAGACUAUCCCCCAGAACGAUGUGGACAAGGACGGAAACGGUCAUGGAACUCACUGUGCCGGAACCAUUGCCAGUCGAAAGUACGGUGUUGCCAAGGCUGCCGAGGUCGUCGCUGUCAAGGUCCUCGGAUCGAACGGUAGUGGAAGUAUGAGCGAUGUCGUCGCUGGUGUCGUUUGGGCCGCCGAGCAAGCUGCCAAGGCUCAGAAGGCUGCCGAUGCCGAAGUCGCUGCUACCGGGAAGACCAAGCACAAGGGAUCAGUCGCCAACAUGUCGUUGGGAGGAGGCAAGGCCAAGUCUCUUGAUGAUGCCGUCGACGCCGCCGUUGCCGCCGGUCUCCACUUUGCCGUCGCUGCUGGAAACGAUAACAAGGACGCCUGCAACUACUCGCCUGCGGCCGCUGUCAAUGCCGUCACCGUCGGAGCUUCUACCUUGGGCGACGAACGAGCCUACUUCUCUAACCACGGCAAAUGUGUUGACAUCUUCGCUCCUGGACUCAACAUCUUGUCCACUUGGACCGGCGGAAACACCACUAGCAACACUAUCAGUGGAACCUCGAUGGCUUCCCCUCACAUUUGUGGACUCUUGGCUUAUCUUUUGUCCAUUCACCCCAGUGUCACCUUCUCCCUCGCCGAUGUGGACUCUCAAGACUCGUCCUCUAUCUACACUUCCGCCUACUCACUCCUUCCUAAGCUUUUCCAGGCUGUCCUUCCCGCGCCUACUCUCAACGUCGCUCCAAUCCCCAAGAACGGCACUCUUACACCCAAGCAGUUGAAGAAGGCCCUCAUCGCCCUUGCGUCUCCAGGCAUGUUGACCGACUUGCCAGCGGGAACUCCUAACCUCCUCGCUUUCAACAACGCCACCUACUCUGAGAAGUAG